AUGAGAAAGAAAAGUGCUUAUUUGAUUAAAAGUUGUCCAUUAUGUAAUGUUGAAGUUGAAACCAUAUGCCAUGUGUUAGUUCAAUGUGGUUUUGCAAGAUCAUGUUGGAACAUUUCGGUUGUUAAUUAUGCUGGGGAGGAGGUCACGGAUUUUACAAGCUGGUUUGGGGAUUUAUUGACAAAAAAACAGAUAGGAGUAGGGGAAGAAGCAGGAAUGGUUGCUUGGCGUAUAUGGAUGGCCCGUGAUGAUAUCCUUUGGAACAAUAAAAGUAUUAAAGCUUUUGAUGUGGUUAAGUUGGCUAGAACUAAUCUUGUAAGUUGGAGAAAUGCUCAAAAUCAAAGAUCAGAUCCAUUACUUAAUGUGAAUUACAGUAAUGACAUGGAGCAUUCGAGAAAGCCGAUUGUUUAUAAAUACAAGAUCAAUAUUGAUGGAGCCAUUUUUGAAGCUGACAAUCGUUUUGGUGUGGGAAUAGUCAUUCAGGAUUAG